AGUCAAGCUGCCGCAAAACCUUCAUCGUUAAAACAGUUUCUGCAGAUCGCAAGGUACAAAAUUAUUAAGCCUUUGUUACCCAGCGAGAUAAUCACCACAUGUAUUUUACAAGGAAAGACGUUAUCGGAACGGAACUGAAGAAUAGGAAUUCGUUAUUUGGGAGACGACAAUGUUUUACCGACUAAAGGUACUGCAUUUGCAAUUAAGCAGUUGUUGUUCAAAACGUGUAACUGAUGGCAACCUCUUACCACGUUAGAAUUGAGGUCACAUCGGAGUAAGACACAUUCAUGUCAGUUUCUACCCUAUUAAACACAAGCAAAAGUUUUUUUCUAACUUAAAGGUAUCAUCUCACGAAUUAUUUUCUUUGAAGUCAAUAUCUAUUGGAUCGCACCGAACGGAUGAGCUUACCAAGAAGCGGACAAUACAUCAGUUCUACAGUUAAUUUUACACAACCAUAUUAGCACUGGGUAUCUUCGUUUUAAGGACUCAAUCCACGAAAAAGUUUAUACGCUUACUGAUCGAAGCUUGAAACCGAGGAAAAAUGUCGAAGACAUUGCUUCUACCACCAAGAAGUCUCAGCUUCAUCGUUUUUGAAUCUGUCGCUUCGAUUGCACUCAUCAUUCUGUCUUUAGUUGGUAAUGUUUUAAUUCUAACAGCGCUGUAUCGUAACCCGCGGUUAAGAAACACUACAAAUAAUUACAUCGCCGCUCUUGCAGUGACGGACCUUCUCAGUGCUUGUGUCCCAGGAACUCUCUUUGCAAGUACACUUAUUGCGGGGAGACUGGUCUUUGGAAUGCCUUUAUGUCGGCUGAGUGGUUUCCUGGUUCACUUUCUGACCUAUUUUUCCAUGACAACGAUGACCUUGACAGCAGUCAACCGUUACUUCCGCGUUGUAAGGCCCCAGUUGUACCGGAAGUUGUUCACCAAGACAAGGUCUCGGGGAAUUUUAGUAGUUCUCUGGCUUGUUAUUGCCGGCUUCGUUUUUUAUCCGACGGCGCUUGACAUGGGAACGUUUACGUUCAACCCUGUGCUGUCAUUCUGCGCAUACACUUUUGCGAGUCAAAGCGCAGAAACGGUAUUUACAGUGACAGUGGUCUGCGUUUUUGUCGUCUUUUCCUUGUCGGUAAUUUGCGUGUGUUAUUAUCACGUUUCCAAAGAGAUUCGCAGACACAACGUCGGAAUACGUCUCUCCCUUCAAGGUGUUUCCGUCCAAGAAAUAAAUCUGUCCAAAGUACUCUUCAUCGUGGCUUUCGCGUUUGCUUUAUGCUGGAUUCCCACGUUUGUGGUCGUCUUGAUCAUAAGGGUCAUUUUGGAUGGGGCCCCACACGAAUUAGCUGUGGUGAUUCCCUUCUUGAUUCAGACUUCAAGCGUUUUGAACCCCCUCAUAUAUGGAGUAUUGAGUCCACCCUUCCGUCGGGAGUUCCGCCGUUUGUUUACGCCCAAAUGGAGGGCUCGUUCUGGUGAUAUAAAUUCAAAUGCAUCCUCGCCAACAGGACAGAUAGGUCUGGCUCUGGAGCAGAUAUCUAUCGGUCAUCCAUGCACUGGGGAUGAUUCUCGCAGGCAGGGAGAUGGUUCAGAUGAACUGGCACAGUUUCCAAGCUUAAAGGUUGCCUGGUCGGUAUAAGCAUAUUUUGUAAAGUAAUUACUUACUCGUCCUUUUAAAUCUGUGAGAAGACACGUUACAAAAGAUAUCAUUGUUACUCAAUGAACGUGAUUCUCGAAUUGCUGGUCUCGUUAUUGUGAGACCUUUGAUGCUACUGUAAAGUAUUAAACUGAGUGUCUAAUAAAAUGAGUCCAGGAAUGCAUCGAACCAGUUUGGCUUUACUGCACUCUGUGAUUGGUCUUGAAAACUACCGCCACCUUCUCAACCAAUCAGAUGCAAAACUAACAGUAGAUGUAGCUUGGUCACAAACUUGAAGUGGGUCAGGCGUAAAUACUUCGAGUUCUUUUUGGCUCUUUGGGAUGUUAUCAUUUGUUCUGAUUGGCCUUUGUUGAUCCGUCGUAGACUGGUUCAACUCUUCCAAUAUCGCCAACUUAAGGUGGAAAACCGUCGAAUUUCCGUGACUCUCCAACAGUAAACCAAUAGAUUGAUAGAGGAAUUGAACAGCACAAUGAUUCCCGAUACGAAUAAGGUGUUCUUGGUCUACUCGAUUUGGAAUAAAAUCGCCAUUACAAAACUCACUUCAAAGAGCAAAUAACAGAGAAAAAUUGCACUAAAAACAAACAGAACUUCCAAAACAGACUUCCUGUACUUGGAUAUUUCCAAUUAAGAAAAUCCGUGCAAUCUUGUCGCUAAUUUGUUUUGAUUCUGAAUCUGCUCUCUGCGCCGUCGCAAUAUUGCGAAAAUUUUAUGAUAGGAGAUGGCAAUUAGCGAUUCCGGAAAUACCUAAAACGAAGCCAAAAUAAAUGGAUGCCUUUCCAUACCAAUCUAUGGUAGAAAACCAGAAGUAAAACGAACAUGGAAGAUAAAACCAAGAAAUAGCAAAUUAACUUGAUCACACGGCUUACAGUGAUGGUGGUGGCAUAUCGCAGAUGCAAAACAAAGGCAAGAUAUCGAUCAACAGUUAUCGCAGCGAUGGUCACCAGAGAGACAACCACAAGGAGACUCCCGGAGGAUACAGCAUGGCGCUUGUGACGCGAUACAGCGACAUAUUGCAAGUUUUUGUACCCAUCGGGUGUAAGACACACAUGGGCUGAACAAAAAUACCGACAAUAAAGUCGUGGAUUAUGCGAGAAUGAAAAGAAAUACGGUAAACGGUGCUUGUAAUGAAAAUGUCUCUUUUAUGGUCCACAUAACUAAAAAGUUGCCUGUCCUAGUGACUAUACUUGAUAUGGUGCUGACUGACCAGGAAGCGAUGGCCGGAGCGACUUUGAUAUUUUUAACGUCUCCAGGAAAAAUAACGAGACAGCUAUUGGAAGAAAAGGUGGCGUUAAAACGCGCGGAAGGAUCCGCGAUUAGAAGGUGCCUGCGGAGGAUAUUAAUUACAAUGAAUGUAAAUUUAGUGGAAUCUCUUUCAAGCAAUCACUUUGUAUUAAUAGCUGGUGGCUGUCUUAAAAAAAAGUUGAUUAAAAUCAAAUUUCUACA